AGGGUGAAGAAGAAGAAAAUAGGAAGUAGUCGACGAGAAGCUAGCUAGCAUGUUUAAUAUUUAGCCUAUCUGCUUCACUUCAGAAUACAGUACUAACUCAUUAACCAUCUCUUGGACGGAUUGUAGCUGUCUUGUCAUUGACUACGUGUUGUUGUUGUUGUUGUUGGUACGUGGGUAGGACAAUAUGAGCGGAGAGAGAGAAACGUUGUUGGAUGGAAUCGAACAGAGUUUGUGGAAUUUAACCGAGAACAAUUUACGUGACCUGUGUGAACGGUGUGGAAUAGCUGGUGAAGAUGGCCUCGACGUUAAAGGGAAGAAUUAUCGCUCGUUGCGUCGUAAAAUAGAAGAAUAUUGUGAAAGUGAUGAUUUAAUGAAAUUAGAGGACCAGGGAAUGUCUUGGUUACUCCAAUUGCAAAACGACAUCAAAACGAUACAAGGAGAUGCUAUCCUCAGGCAGUCAGCGCAAGUGGACACACUGGACGGCACCGAGCCAAGCAGAACCGAGAACGAGGAGGGCGCUGAGAGCUCGACAGACCCGGAUCCAGAGAGACACAUACCGCCAGAACGGAGGGAGAAAGACUCAGAAGACCCAUCGUCCAGACAGUCCCCACCCAGUUCUUCAGAACCCCAACUCUCGACGUCAUCACCGGGUCCCGACAGCAACCAUGGUGACCAGAGGUCAAAACUGGGUAGUCUGCGGAUAGUUCUACAAAAAGUUGUUGUCGUCAAGGAGGAGGAAGACGACUGGGAUUGUUGUGUUACAGGUGAGAGUCCCAACCAACCGUCUGCCAGUGAAUAUAGUCCCUCUUCAUCGGAAGAACCAGAACAUUCCGAAUCCGAAGAUCCUGAACAUUCCGAAUACGAAGAUCCUGAACAUUCCGAAUCAGAAGAACCUGAACAACGACGAGCGAAACGCAAAACUAAGACUCACAGCUGCCUAGCGUGUGGGAGGAAGUUUGUCUCCUUGUACACACUAAGGAGACACCAGAACAGGACACACACAGGAGAGGAGACGGAGAACAGGACACACACAGGAGAGGAGACAGAGAAGAGAAAAAGACAGAGUCCUGCUUCAGGAGAACCUGAACAACAGAAGAGGAAAUGGGGAGUCAGGAAGACCCACUCCUGCCCCGAGUGUGGGAGACACUGCCCAUCGUUAUCAGCACUGAAGGUUCACCAGAGAAUCCACACUGGAGAGAAGCCUUACCUCUGCUCUGAGUGUGGGAAGGGCUUCACUUAUCAAAGUAGCUUGAGAUUACACCAGAAGAAAGACUCCGCCGACAAGGUGACCUGCUGCUGUGGACAAGAGUUCUCCUCAAAGUGCGUUCUGGAGGUUCACUUGAAGACGGACACGGGAGCCAAGCCUUACACCUGCUGUGUGUGUGGCAAAGGGUUCGGUAAAAAAGAACGGCUGAAAGAACACCAGCGAUCCCACACAGGAGAGAUGCCUUACUCUUGCUCGUUCUGUGGCAAGGGUUACUACCAAAAACCGGCUUGGAAAGCCCAUGAGCGAACGCACACCGAGGAGAAGCCCCUGUGCUCCGUGUGCGGACGGACCUUCUCUAAUAAGACUACGUUAAAAGUCCACCAACGAACACACACAGGAGAGAAGCCUUUCCUCUGCUCGGAGUGUGGCAAGGGCUUCCUCAGUAAAGCAUACCUGACGACCCACCAGCGAUUCAACUGUUCCGGGGGAGAAGAACGACGGCGAGCGAAGAGGUUUCAUAAGUGUCCGGACUGUGGGAAGGAGUUCACACAAGCAAACAAACUGGAGAGACACAUGAGAACACACACAGGAGAGAGGCCUUACCAGUGCUCUGUGUGUGGGAUGAGGUUCAACCAGAAAGGGAAUCUCAAAACGCAUUUUAAAGUGCACACAGGAGUGGAUCCCAGUUUAGUGGCUGACAUGGAGACUCCCUCUGAACAACCUCGGGACAACAGACGUAAAGCUGGGAGGCCACAACGCUGCCUCCAUCAGCAUGACGAGGAGGAAACCCAUAACCUACCGGCACCACAAACCCACCACCUCCCGGCACCACAGAGAGAGGGAACCCAAAACCUACCAGCAACACAAACCCACCACCUCCCGGCACCACAGAGGGAGGGAACCCAGAACCUACCGGCACCACAAAUCCACCACCUCCCGGCACCACAGAGGGAGGGAACCCAAAACCUACCGGCACCACAAACCCACCACCUCCCGGCACCACAGAGGGAGGGAGCAUCCCACCACCUCUCGGCACCACAGAGGGAGGGAACCCAAAACCUCCCGGCACCACAGAGGGAGGGAGCAUCCCACCACCUCCCGGAACCACAGAGGGAGGGAACCCAAAACCUACCGGCACCACAAACCCACCACCUCCCGGCACCACAGAGGGAGGGAACAUUCCACCACAUCUCGGCACCACAGAAACCCACCAUGUCCCCCAGGGGAGAAAAACACUAUCUCUGCCCUGAAUGUGGCAAGACUUACACCCGGGAAUACGACCUCCGAGUCCACCUCAGAACGCACACGGGAGAGCGACCGUACCAGUGCGAUGAAUGCGGAAAGACCUUUGUUCGGAAACAAGGGCUCCGUCAACACCGGCGGUCACACGCUCCCAAGCCCAUGGGACCGACCCGUCAGUUAGGCAGACCCGUCAGCAUGGGUUCCAGUAGCAGGAGACCGAACCAGUCACCCAGGAUGGGAAGCUCCAAGCAGCAGUUGUCCGGGGUUGAUAAAGCCACGCCUCCGUUCUCUAGUGUAGAGAGACCCAUGCCCUUCCACACAGUGGAGAGACCCAUGCCUUUACAUCGAGUGGAGAGACCCAUGCCUUUACCAGACAUGGAGAGAGAACACUGGCAGUACUGGCAUCUUUAAACUCCACGGCUAUGGUCUGCAUCCAAUUCCCUAUGUAGUGCACUGCUUUUGACCAGGGCUCAUGGGGGGUUCUGGACCAAAUGUGUAGUACACUAUAAAUGGAAUAGGGUGCCAUUUUGGACAUUGCAUGUCUCUCAUGACUAAAACAGAACUGUUAUUUUUGCUUCCGUUUGUGUGUGUGUGUGUGUGUGUUGUUGCUUCCUCAUUUAUGGGUCAGUAUAAUAAUCGUUACCACUGAGCGAGAUAAUCUUGCCAACUGUAGUUAUAGUAACGUACAUAUUUUUAAAUCAACAAAAAAUUAAGCGAUUGCAUUUUUGUCCAUUCUAGUGUUUUAAAAAAAUAUAUAUUAAAAAAAAAAUGUUAUUUUACAUAUUGAAGCUGUAAUGAUGCAACAAUAAGAAUCCACGGAGACGUACGUGUCAUAAUGCCAGGAUCAAACGGUCGGCCCUUUUUCUAUAUGCCUUAUAACAUUAUAACAUUUUGAUUUCAUUGACAGUAUAAGGAGAGAUGUCAUCUGUUGUCUUUACACUUCAACCUGGAUGGUGUGUGUGUGUGUGUGUGUGUGUGUGUGUGUGUGUGUGUGUGUUGCUUCCUCAUCUGUGAUCAGUACAAUAAAGUCUGCUGUGUUGUGUAAGAUAAU